UUCUCCAAAGUUUAAAUCUAUAGUUUUAAUGCACAACUUUCUGGCCAGUCCAGCAAAGUUAAGCAGAGUUGUGCGCGUGUGACACGUGUUGCCACUAUUUGGACACUUGCGACCGCUAUUAGGAAGAUGUCGGAUUCGGGAGUCAACCCACACUUGGAGGGAAUUAUUUUGGAUUUUGAAGCUCUGAAGAGGUCCUUCGAGGUAGAGGAUGUUGACACUUCAGCUCACUCUUCUCCUGGCUCCCGACGCACAACCAACUCCCCCCACCGCAACGCCAUGUCUCCCACCAGCAUCUACUACCGCGACCUGGGCACCGCCGCCUCUGUUACCAACAACAACAACCUCAACUACACCCAACCUCGCUCCAUCAUGGGCGGAGGAGGCUCCAAGACCCCCGAGCCCGUGUCGCGCCGCUCAGAGCUGUCCAUCGAUAUCUGCUCUGCGCCCAGCAAGCAGGUGGACGCCACAAGCCCCGCAUCCGUGCGCUUCGCGACCAACAGCGCCCUGAAACGCCCCGAGGUCCUCGGCCACUCCAGGACUCCGGAAAUGAGCCACAAGAGGGAGGUCACGUUUGCCAAGACGGACUCCCCGGGGACGCGCCGCAACGAAGGCAGCAGUAACGCCAACGGGACCGGCCGCACCCCGGAACAAAGUCACACCCGCAAGUUUGAGCCUCCGAGCCCCGGGGACAUCCGCAAACCCGAAAUCAGUAUCACAAGAGCUCCGGUGGAGAACAACGGCCACCACCCGCCAGUGCACCACCCGCACCAUCCUAAUCCCCAUCACAACACUGUCGUCACCACCUUCCGAUGCUCCUCACCAAACCACGCUGGACGUAAAUCCCCCAACCCUGACCGGUCAGAAGUCAGUCUGAGCCACGGCAACAUGUCCGACUACACCAAGCCACACCACCCCAACCCGCCGCACGGCAAAGGGGACAAGGCCCAGCACGGCGGCGGCGACUUCAGCUAUGUCGGCAUUGACGCCAUCUUGGAGCAGAUGAGGAGGAAGGCCAUGAAGCAAGGCUUUGAGCUCAACAUCAUGGUUGUGGGGCAAAGCGGCUUGGGCAAGUCCACUCUGAUGAACACGCUGUUCAAAUCGAAGGUGAGCCGCAAGUCGGUCGAGCCCAACGCGGAGGACAGGAUCCCAAAGACUGUGGAGAUCAAGUCCAUCAGUCACGAUAUUGAGGAAAAAGGUGUGAGGAUGAAGCUGACGGUCAUCGACACGCCAGGCUUCGGGGAUCAGAUCAACAAUGAGAACUGCUGGCAGCCGAUCAUGAAGUUCAUCAAUAACCAGUACGAAGCCUACUUACAGGAAGAGAUCAACAUCGACAGGAAGAAGAGGAUCCCAGACUCCAGGGUGCACUGCUGCAUAUACUUCAUCCCGCCCACUGGCCACUGUUUGAGGCCCCUGGAUGUGGAGUUCAUGAAGCGUCUCAGCAAGGUGGUGAACAUCGUGCCCGUCAUCGCCAAGGCCGACACGCUCACGCUGGAGGAGAGGGACAACUUCAAGCAGACGAUAAGGGAAGAGUUGCGGGCCCACGACAUCGAUGUCUAUCCCCAGAAAGAGUUCGACGAGGACGCGGAGGACAGGACGAUUAAUGAUAAAAUCAGGGAAAUGAUUCCUUUUGCUGUGGUGGGCAGUGACCAGGAGUACCAGGAGAACGGGAAGAGGAUUCUGGGCAGGAGAACAAAAUGGGGCACCAUAGAGGUGGAGAACAUUGCACACUGCGAGUUUGCUUACCUGCGAGACCUCCUGAUCAGGACACACAUGCAGAACAUCAAGGACAUCACGGGCAGCAUCCAUUACGAGAUGUACCGCGUGCGCCGGCUCAACGAGUCCAACACCCGCUUGACCCCUCACCCGCCCGAGCGUGCCCCUGCUCAGCUCAAGGCCAACGGCCAACCCGAGCCGCCGCCGGGCGCGGCCGUGCAGGCCAACGGAGUGGCCGUCCAACAUCAAGUUCUCGCCCACGAGAUGUAGACGCACACACGACAACAUGAACAGCAAUGUUCCCGCCCCUGCAAGUUCAACAUCUCCUCCCCUUUCCCCUAAUCAAACCUCCCGCAUCUCCUCAGGUUUGUUUCCCCCUCCCCCACGCCUCUGUGACGCCAGCCCCCAGGGUGGGACGUGCGAGGAGGGGUGUGGCCCACCCUCCUCCUUGAUUAAAACUCAGCCACGCAUUUCUUUGACGUGACCCGUGGAGGUGGGACGAGUCGAUGGAGACGACGUACAGAACUAGCUCUCCAGGGAGGCCGAGGUUGUUUAGCGGGAGUGAGUGUUGACGCAGCGGCUGUUUAGCGCAACAAAAGGGUUGUCGUGGGACCGCAUCGGAGGGAGGCGGGGGUGCUUAAUGGUGCCGCGUGUCAGCCGACAUCAGUUGGGCCUCGCACCGACGGGGAGCGUGAGCGGAUGCGCGUCGGCCGUUAACAGCCGGCCGCAAUUGACGACGAUGUAUAGGCUCGCGUCAGCCUUCGAGGCGCGUCGGCACGCUCGGGUGACUGUGAUGCCGCCCGCAGCUGACAGGGCAGGCUGCCUGUGUCAAUCAGUGGCACACUGAAAAACGCGAUCAUGCUUCGGUUUGGCUAGGAAGGUAAUCGGGGAUGAGUAGGGAACCGAGCCCUGCCACCGAUACUGGAAAAGAAAAACGCAAUUGACGCCCUCCUACCAAAAUGUUUAUGGAAACCAAAAUUAAAGGGGGAUAUUUGCAAUUUAUCCCGAGUCUGACGAAAGCCGCGCUUCUCAAACACGACCGCUCAUAAUUACAAAAGUGCGUCGUUGUAAUUAGCGUUGCAACGAGUACUCAAAUGUUUUUAGUAUUCAAAGUAGGAAAAAUGCUCGAUGGACUAGCACGACGCGGUUACGUUCAUCGCGAGCAAAAGUGGCAGAGGCGGAGCGUACGUGUUUUGAUUCAAGGAGCGUGAAAUAAAUGGCGACUCCGCGGUAGUUAACAAGCGGCCGGUAAACACAACAAAAGAAGAAGGAGAAGACGUCAGAGAGAAAAAAAAAAAAAAAAAGCCGCAAGUGUGGGAUCAUUUCAGACCGAGCACAAAGGUGAACAAGCGAGACGCACGGAAUGCGGUGGAAAAGCCGAGAUGAACAUGGCGCAAAUCAGUCGGUUUAACAUUAAUGCGACUUACUAGCAUAACGUUAGCCCUCCAGAGCGCUAAGGUUUCUAUUAAUUACCGUCGCAUUUAUGUCCAGUUUAUUACGAUGGCGAUAAGUAGACUCUGUGUGCGGCUGUAACGUGACUUCAUUUAGGGCGCUUGCUUGUAUCUGCAAGCGGCCACAUUUUGAGUCAAGUACUGAAGGGAAAAAAAGAAAAAGAAAAAAAUGACUGCGAGUGGCAACAUUUGUCAAACAAAUGCAUUAAGUUAAUAUUUGUGUUUCCUAUCAAUGUGGCUUUAUUUUAAUUUUAGUUCAGUUAGUCCGGUCCGAGCUUUUAAACGCACAGCCACGAACUGACUGUGUUAUGUUGUCACAUUCUAAAAUGCUAGCUGCUCAAGUGGAGUUGCACAACAGGCUUUUUUAUUUAUUUAUUUAUUUUUUUAUAAUGAAUUAAUAACUUUUUAAUUCGAAUUUUUGUUUUAUAUAUUUACAAGUAAUGCUAAGAAGAAAAAAACAUGUGAAGUUUAAAUACAGUCAAAACACAGACUUGACCAACUGCAGUUAAUCCAGAGAAUAACGCUGCCCACUCAGGCUUGUAAAUUUGACUCGUCAUGAUGGUCGCAACGGUUCAUUUGUACCCGAGUCCAUUAUUCUGGAUCAGUGUCAAUAUGGACUAAUCAGACCAGGUGGCUUUCUAUUUGGACACCACCUGGCCUAAGACCUUUUUGCACUGUACUAUAGUUCCAGAGUAUUUGUUUCCGCUCAACAGUUUGUAUGUCGUGCAGUAGCCAUCUACGGUCAUUUCCCGUGAAUAAUGAGCACCGCCCCCACACCCAAAGAAAGGUCAAAGGUCAAUAGCAAUAGACAUAGGUACAGUAAAAGUAAGAAAAUUCCGUCACAGUAAAAUGAGCUAUAUGAGUAGAUGUUUUAUUAAAACAGCCAUCAAUUAGUUUUAAAGCUGCAGUGUUAAAACUAAACAUUAUACAUGAUAAAUUACAGUAUUCCAUCUUGUUUGUGUGUUAGUUUGCAAAAGGUUAUAGUCGUCCUUCCGUUUAUUUUGUACAUUCUGUAGGUGUUUCUUGUUUGUUUGUUUGUUUGUUUUCAGGGAGGCAGAGUGAUGCAUAGAUAGGUGGACUCCCUCUGAGGUCACGAGGUUUGGGUAUGAAUGAUAAGGGGGAGGAUGUGUGGGCACGCAGCCAGCCUGGGGUGGAAUUCAAAGACAGGGAGGCACAACGGGAGGACGGAGCGGCGCGCUUUCUCUCUCUGCAUAAUCAAUCAGAGGCGGCGGCGGACGGGAGUGAGUGCUUCUGCCUUUCUUGACAAGCCUCGAUUGUAUUUAUGCGGGAACGGAAGCGAGGAGGGAGAGACGUGAAAAGGGAUUGGCUAGUAAGACGUGGGCAGGUGCAGGACCGCCGUAAUGGGUCGACCGCCUCCCCCCACCGUCCUCCUCUCCUCGAGCAGCCAAGGACAUACAGCCAAGAGGAACUGAUUGAAUGCCAUGCCAGUAAAAAGAAGCAGUUUCAUGCGCCAUUGACCGGGUUGGCAUCCUCCUCACAGUCACCCUGUGAUGAAACCUCUUCCGAGGUCACCGUAAUGUGAAUCACAUUUUCUUCUUCUGUGGAAACAUUAAAGAGUACCCCUGGAUCCGAUUGUUAUCACUUUGGAUGUUUUCCCCUCACGUGCGGAGAGACGGGCAUAAUCAUUUGGAGUGUUUGUUUGGGGCACGGAUCAAAUUCGGAGGCACAAUAGGUGGGGAGAAUAAUCUGAUUUGAGCCAGCAGUGCGCAUACAGCUCCAAAGAUUGUGCUUUCGUUCUCUCUGUCGGUAGCGCAGCGUGUCCCCGAGCGGGCUAAUAGAAUGUAUCUUGUAUCUUCUCAGCUAUGAAC